CCAUACUCCCCUCGUCUGGGGCGGUACAACCUCAACUUCCAAGAUGCUGAGACCGCAUGUCUGGAGCAGGACGCUGUGGUCGCCUCCUUCGAGCAGCUCUAUGGGGAAUGGAGAAAUGGGAUGGAUUGGUGCAAUGCUGGCUGGCUCAAUGACGGAACCGUGAAGUACCCCAUCACCAAACCCAGAGAGCCCUGCGGAGGCGUGAGGACUUCAGCCGGACUGAGAAACUAUGGCCGACAGGACAAGUCCAACAGCCGUUAUGACGUGUUCUGCUUCACAGCCAGCCUUAAAGGACGCUUUUACUAUCUGAUCCAGCCCAAAAAGCUGAACUUUGAUGAGGCCGUUAACACGUGUAAGAGAGAUGGAGCUGAGAUCGCAAAGGUGGGCCAUAUAUAUGCUGCCUGGAAGCUGCAGGGGUAUGACCGCUGUGAUGCCGGUUGGCUGGCUGACGGUAGCGUUCGUUAUCCGAUCUCCAGGCCUAGGAAGAACUGCAGUCCCACAGAGGCUGCGGUUCGCUUUGUUGGCUUCCCCGACAAAAAGCAGAAGCUGUACGGUGUCUACUGCUACAAACCUCAGCCGUGAAGCUCUUCACGUCACAUCACCAGCCAAAGAGCAGCAAUACACAGGUUUCCACUUCCACACUUAUGAAGGACUUUUUGCAUGAACUAGCCAUAACUGUGACAAUUAUAGAGAGGAUACUAUAAAGACCAUACAUUCUCAAUAUUAACGUAAACAGUUAUUUUAUCUACCAUAUACAUUUUAUAUAGAUUGUACACCACAUGUAUGCACAACAAAUUGCAUUCAGAAAGGAUAUUCAGCUGGAAGGAAAUUUGAAGUCAUAGCAUUUUGAUCAAAUCCGCUUUUAGUAGGUUAAGUGUGAGUUUGUCAAAAAUCUCCAUUGUGAUAUUGCAAUAAAAUAUUUAAAUAUUACUAAAUAGUAUAAACUUGACAGAAAGUUUUUGAAACUUGCCCAAACAGAAAAGCAAAGGCAUCGUAAAUGGACCUGACACCUUUCUUUUUCUAAAACUUUUCAAAUGCUAAUUUCUUUAAAACUAUUUUUCUUGUGUUGGUGUAUUAUUCAAUGUUCUGAACUGUGAUCUUAUUUUAUCUGUUGAAAUAUAAAAUGAAUGUGUUUGGCCUGUUGUGUUACAAGGCUUUAUAUUCAUAACUAAUUAUAUUGUUUCAUUGUAACACUCAUUCCUCAUUUCUACUCUUUGUUUGAAAUAUUGUGAUGUAUUUUCUUACCUAUCUAAUCAUGAGAAGCUUGUUAUUUUUCAGUUCUUAUCUUUGAUGGCCUUGAAGUUUUUAAAAACUGUUUAAAUGUAUUUGUCCCUGCAUAGAUUUUGACAAGUAUUUCAUCACAAACAGUAACAGAAUUUGACAGACUGCUAAUGAUGAAUUUAACUUUGUUAUAUGGCAGAGAACUACAAAGAGAAUUUACACUGAGAGAUUAUUUUAGGACCCAGUUGUAUAUUCAACUAACUUCAAGACUAACUUGAGCCUGCUUAAGUGUAGAUAUGAAUAAGUCUAAUAUUGUAAUGCUGUGAGAAAGAGGAACAGCACUAAAAGCCAUGUACAACAUCAUGCCUAAGUUUGAUUCUAACAGUAACCUUGGAAUGUUGUGACAGGCAUAGUGUGGACGACUUUAGAUAAUGAGAUCUGUUUACUGAUGAACGAAACAUCUAUUACUUGCCACUUUGUAAUGAUAUAUGUUGUUUAUGGGAGGGGAAAAGAUUCUACACUUAUAACUCCACAGUGCACAUAAGUGACAUUUUGCUUGAUUUUGUCUUUUUUUUAUGCACAAAAUUUCUUUUUUUUUUUAAAUCUGAAAUGCAUUGUAUGGUUUAUGAAUCAAAGCACAUUUUAAAUGAAAAAUAAAAACCCAUUAAAACA